CCCAGAUCUCACUUUUCAAUGAUACGUUUUGACAGGUAUGGGUUCGUCCGACAGUUACGGGCGUCACUUUCAUGGCAUAACGACUUAUUCAGGAUUUGCUCCCGCAUUGCGACUUGUUCCUUGCCAGCACUUUCGCUGCGUGAUGACACUGGCAACCAAAGGCGCCUCCCUGUUAGCGGCAAGUGACCUGUCCGUGUGUUGUGCCGUGCUAUUGAUCGCAGCCGUCUUCCUCACCAAGCGCGCUGUGCGCAAGACAAUUGCUGUUCAGCCUCACAACUCCAUGAUCCUCACCACGUACGUGGCGACGACAAACUGUGGCAACUGGCACCGUAAACUAACUACUCUUCACUCCAAACAUUGCAACAGUGAGCAAAUGGCAGACCUCCGGGUUAUUGCUGCUCAACGGGAAGCAGAGCGAGGGUUUGCGACCUGUGUAUCCUGUGGCUUCAAGAACUUCGCACGUGUGCUUCACUGUGCCCUGUGCGGAAAUUCGAGCACUGAUUCGAAGCUUCCUGCCACUGUUCUACCUUCUGUCAAUGAUCCAAGGGAAGAUGUUGCGCUGCCUCGCCGUUGGGAGUGGACGAGGGAAUUAGACGUUCACGACCGCCUUGUCUGGCGUCGUAGACUGGCAGAGGGAGGCGAUUGCUCCCCGGGUUACGUGCUGCGCUUCGACUUGCCUCCGGAGACUGAGCCUGAAGCAGAGCGUGAAGUCUCAAAGCACAGACAACGAAGUUUGAGUACGGGGUAUGAUCCAUGUGCAGAUGUGCAGUUUGAGCUGCUGGAGCCACGCGACGUUGAUCCAACGCAGUUUCCAUUGCCGCCUCCACGAACCGACAUGUCCGACACGAUGGAGGAUCUAAAGCACACUGCGGUACACGUCGCUGCUCAGGAUUUCCCGACGAAGUACGCUCAUUUCGUUACUUCUGCUACUUCGCUCAUUCAGGCAGGAGAUCGCUCAGUUCGCUCGUGCUUGUCAGUGCAUCGUGACUACAUCUUAGAACAAUCCGUACAGCACAUAAACUGCAUUCGGGAGGAGAGUAUACGAUCGGUGCGUCUACAAGUCAAUUUUGCUGGACACGAAGACUUGCCAAGCGACGAAAAAGACGUCAGUGGUCUGCACCGUGGAUGGAUGACGCUGCUGAACGAGAAGCUAGUAGACCCCGAUGUUGGACUCUUCUUGUGUACGCAACGGAGUGACCAAACGUUCUUCAUUAACCCACAGUCGAAACUCGUUCUCGGAGAGGACCAUCUGCAGCACUUCAAUGCUGCUGGAAGACUAAUCGGCAGAGCGUUACUGGAAGGUUCAGUACUCAAUUUCCACCUGUGUGCGCCACUGCUUAAGAUGAUGCUGGGGACUCCAAUCACAUUUGGCGACUUGGAAUUUCUGGAUGCCGAGAUAUACCGGAACUUGACGUGGCUGUUGGAUAACGAUAGUGCUGAGUCACUGGAGCUGGAUUUCACGGUGACACAGCGCCAUGGCAACCUCGCGCAGACCAUCGAGCUCAUCCCUGCUGGAAGGAAUAUCCAAGUGAAUGACGACAACAAGUUCGAGUUCGCGGACCGCAAAUUCCGCUUUAUGAUGUUUGAGUGCGUGGCACCGCAACUGGCCUCGUUCCUCAAGGGCUUCUAUGAUGUUGUUCCCCAGCGAAUGUUGCUCCCUUUUAAUUACGAAGAGCUUGACUACUUACUCUGCGGUUCGGAUGAGAUCGAUAUUGCUGACUGGCGGCUUCACACUCACUUGGCAUUAGAAUCGCGACAAGAGGUUACAUGGUUCUGGGACGUCGUGAAGGAGAUGUCACGAGUAUACCAGAAGAGAUUGCUGCAGCUUGCCACGGGCUGUUCGCGAGUGCCGCUAGUUGGAUUCCAGGGUCUUACCAGCUACGAUGGCCAGCUGUGCAAGUUUACGUUGACGGACGCAGUCGGCGUGGCUUACUUCCGCAGCCAUGCAUGCCACAACAUGCUGGAGUUGCCCUACUUUGAGACGAAAGAUGACCUCCGUGCAGCGCUAUAUGCUGCCCUGUACAACGAAUCCAGUGCUGCCGAUACUAAGGCUCUGAACACCGUACCAUAGAUGUGCAAUGUAUAUUGGCUAGCAAAUGAAGCUAGCUUGGGAAAGCCCAUUUGUACUACCGACAUGAAGUACCAUUAAUGACGUGAAAAAGCAUGAAACAUUAUUUCAGUUGCUGCACUACUCAUUGAAAAACAAAUCGGUUGAAUACAUUGCAGCCAAUGACGUCCUUCUCA